AUGACGACUUCUGCCUUCGAGAGCAAGCUGCUAGCCUCAAGCGGUCUCCUGGACGAGCCGCAUUUCCGCCGACUGAUCAAGUUCCAGACUCGACGGAGAGAGGCGCUGGUCGGCAGCGAGCUGGAGAUCCGCACCACCGUCACCCACGUCUUACCUCCCGAGGCCAGCACCGACGUUUGGUUCACCGUCUAUUGCAUGCACAUCCGUCGAGUUGCUGAUACCCGGGUAGACGCUGCUGACCAGUGGGCCCUGAAGAAGCGGUAUUCGGAGCUCGAGGCUUUCAGGAGACUGCUGCUCAAGCGUAUCGCAGACUGGGAAUACACCGUUCGCGGUGAGUUCACUAGCAAGACGACCACCGGCCGCCGCACAGCGUUUGCCGUUGUUUCGAAUGCGAUGCGGCGCGCCAUUUCGCCAUCCUUCCCGAGGAAACACAUUAGACCCAACAAACCCGAAGUUAUCAGCGAGCGAGUCGUGGGGUUGCCGAGUUUUGUGCGGAAGCUGCUUGGCGUGUACACGGAUCUGGCAGUUUACAAGACCAACAACCGACUACAAGAUGGCGGCUUUGCCUCAUCGUGGGCCCAGUUGUGCACGAUCUUCUCUGAGCUGGAGACGUUCCUCGAGGUCCCGCAGCCCCAGAAAGAUGCAGAGAUUCAGCGGCAGUCCGCUGUGUUGGCGUUGAAAGACUUCAUCGAGGCCACAAACUCGGAAGAUCAAACCUCGCCCGAGCAGCUAUGCUCCAUUUGCCUAAGCGAAGAUCCAGCAACCGACCAAGUAAGCUUGCCGUGCGGCCACCACUUCCAUGAAGACUGCGUGAUCGACUGGUUUAGCACCAGAACAACGUGCCCGCUUUGCCGCCGCAGCUCUCAUUGA